AUGGCGAGCGAGACUAAGGCGCCGAUCCAUGCGGUGGCCGGCGUGGUGGCCGGCAUGUCCGCCACCAUGUCCACCUACCCGCUCGACCUGGUCAAGACCAAGUUCCAAGUCCACGACGGCACCGCCGGAUGCAAGUACCCGCGCUACGCAUCGACAUGGGACGCGCUGGUGCAGAUCUCACGCAAGCACGGCCUCCGCGGUCUGUACUCGGGCCUCUCGCCGAACUUAGUGGGCUCGGGCAUGGCGUGGGGCCUAUACUUUCUCUCGUACACCCGCUUGAAGGAGGCGAUCCGUGAAGAGCGCGGCCUGGCGCCGGGUACGCCGCUCGGGCCCGGGUGGCACAUGGGCGCGGCGACGGCGGCCGGGCUGGCCACAUGCCUGGUGACCAACCCGAUCUGGCUGGUCAAGACGCGGAUGCAGCUGCAGCUCGACGAUCCGACGGCGCGGCAGUACCGCGGUGUCGUCCACGCCAUCCGAACCAUUGCGGGCGAGGAGGGCAUCCGCGGACUGUACCGCGGCCUCGGCCCGUCACUCAUCGGCGUCUCGCACGGCGCCUUUCAGUUUAUGGCCUAUGAGGAGCUCAAGAAGCUGCUCCUCUACUCGCCGCUCUACGACGCCAAGAUCCGGCUGCUACCACGCUGGAUGCUCUCUGACGCCGUUGACGUCUCCUCGACCCACUCGGCCCGCGAUCUCUCAACUUACGAGGCGUUGGCGGUUGGUGCGCUCUCCAAGAUGUUUGCCUCGAUCGUCUCGUACCCAUACCAAGUCAUUCGCGCCCGCCUCCAAAUCCAAACCGAGGUCGACCGCACUGCCCGCCGCUACACGUCGGCGCUCCACGCCUUUCGCUCCAUCAUUGCCUCUGAGGGCGUGUCUGGCCUGUACAAGGGCCUCGUCCCGACCGUCCUCCGCGUCAUGCCCGGCGCCUGCGUCACCUUUGCUGUCUACGAGCGCGUCUCGCAGCUCCUUCUCAAGCUCGAGGGUGAUGCGGCCAAGUAGUGUGCACUAGGCCGGUGGGGUGAUGGUUUUUUACGACUCGGCCGUCUUGGCCUCGAGCACUGUCAGGAUGGGCGCCUUCUUCUUCUCGUACUUCUGGUUGAUGGCGGCCACCUCGCGGGUCAUUGACGCGUCGAUCUGGGUAAGCAGAGCCUUGAGCGAGUCGAGUGGCAUCGAGUUGAGGAUGUCAGCCUGCUUCCGCGAGGUGAUCUUGACGAGGUACUCGGGCGUGAUCUUGUCCGGAGCCGAGGAAUCGGCCGAGGCGCGGACCAUGGUGCCGUCGUCGGGCGCGUCGACGCGGGCCAUGGUCCCGGUGUAGUCAUCGUCGUCGUCGUCUUCCUCGGACGCCUCUUCGUCGUCCGACUCAAAGUUGCGGCCCUUCUCCUCGAUGAUGGUCGACGCGCGCUCCAUCAUCUCCAACAGCGACGAGCGCGAGUGCUUCUUGUUGACAAAGGCGUGCUUGAGGAGCUGGGUCGCUGUCGGCCGGUCCGCGGCCUCCUUGACAAGACACGACGCAAUAAAGUCGUUGAACUCGUCCGA